CAGCUUCACGGCUGUUUGUGUUUCCGGUAUAGACACGUGAUUUCCUUAUAGUAUUUUCCAGGAAAACCUGAGGCGUCGGUCCGUUACUAUCAGUCUCACCAUUUACAUGACAACAUGGGGGCUUGUCUGGCCUUAUGCUCGUUAGCCAGCUGUGCCUCCUGUCUGUGUGGCUCAGCACCAUGCCUUCUGUGUGGCUGCUGUCCCUCCUCCAACAACUCCACCAUCACGCGGCUGGUUUUCUCCUUGUUUUUGCUGAUGGGGACCAUGGUGUCUGUCAUCAUGAUCCUCCCUGGGAUGGAAACGGAGCUCCGCAAAAUCCCAGGAUUUUGCCAAGGAGGUGCUAGUGUAGUUGGAAUUGACAACGUGGCUAACUGUGAUGCCCUUGUGGGCUACAAGUCUGUGUACCGUAUGUGCUUCGCCAUGACCUGCUUCUUCUUCCUGUUCUCCGCCAUCAUGAUUCGCGUCCGCAGCAGCAAAGACCCACGAGCAGCUAUUCAAAAUGGGUUCUGGUUCUUUAAGUUUCUGAUCCUGGUUGGGAUAACGGUGGGAGCGUUUUUCAUCCCUGACGGAUCAUUUCAUACGGUAUGGUUUUACUUUGGAGUGGUUGGAUCCUUCAUCUUUAUCAUCAUCCAACUUAUUCUCCUCAUCGAUUUUGCCCACUCCUGGAACAAGGUGUGGGUAGGAAAUGCAGAAAACAGUGACAACAAAUGCUGGUUUGCAGGCCUGUUGUCUUUCACCUUCCUCUUCUUCGCCCUGGCUAUCACUGCUGUGGUGCUUUUCUACGUUUACUACACACAGCCUGAAGACUGCACCGAGCACAAGGUCUUCAUCAGCCUCAACCUGAUCUUCUGCAUCAUCGUCUCCAUCGUCUCCAUCCUACCUAAGAUACAGGAAGCCCAGCCACACUCCGGUUUGCUCCAAGCUUCGAUCAUCUCCCUCUACACCAUGUAUGUGACUUGGUCUGCAAUGACCAACAACCCAAAUCGGAAGUGUAAUCCCAGCCUGUUGAGUCUAGUGUCGAACGUCAGCACCACUGAACCAUCUGGGGACAGUACUCCAGGACAGGUGCAGUGGUGGGACGCCCAGGGCAUUGUUGGUUUGAUCAUCUUCCUCUUCUGUACUCUCUAUGCCAGUAUCCGCUCGUCCAGUAACACCCAGGUAAACAAGCUGAUGCAGACCGAGGAGGGCGGAGGGUCAGGUGGAGAGGGCGUGGUGGGAGAAGACGGCAUAUGCAGAGCGAUGGACAAUGAGGAAGAGGGAGUCACCUACAGCUACUCCUUUUUCCACUUCCACCUCUGUCUGGCCUCUCUGUACAUCAUGAUGACUCUCACCAACUGGUACCAACCAGACACCACCACCCAGGCCAUGCAGAGCAGUAUGCCAGCUGUGUGGGUGAAGAUGAGCUCCAGCUGGCUGGGCCUCGGGCUUUACCUCUGGACCCUCAUCGCCCCUCUCAUCUUCCCUGACAGGGAUUUUAACUGAACGCGCCUUGUCUUCUGGCUCUGUUUGGUUGUUUUUGCUUGUUUGUUUUGUUUCUUAUCUCGUGUAUCAACCCGUAUGAAGGAUGUUAUAAAGGAAAGAGGAAGGAUAUUUUUAAAGGAAUCACUUAACCCUUCUUUUUAUUCCUUUUUGAAAUAACUGCUUAAUAAAUUGCCAUUAUGUCUAUUUAAUUUACCAAGUGUAGGAAUCACUACAGAUAUUUUAAAGUAUAAGUGGAUUUUUAGUCAACUUGAUCUUCUGCUGAAUGUGGUUUGGUUGAACAUCGGUAUAUUUUAGUUUCUGGACUAUCAGAAAAAAUUAGCAACAAGGCACUUUCUCAAUACCUCAGACGUUUCAGUUACAGAUUCCCCUUUGAGGGCCUGUGAGGGACAACCAGCGCAGCCCUCCUUAGGAGCCCCAGAGUGAGGUGAGUGUGAGAGUUAGAUAAGACUAAUGUGACACACCCCGCAGAUCAUAACAGGGCUUCCCCUUUGCUGCUGGGCUGUAUUCAAAGCCAUGUCACUGCACCAUGCUCCAGAGAGCCCAGAAAGAAUAGAAACAGUCUAAUCUCAGCUCUUCCUCGCCUUCUUCAACCUAAGUCAAUAUAUCUCCGGUGCUAAGCCUUUCCCUGUCUGACUGUCUUUGGCCUCGUACGGCCACGGCGUCAAUCUGUACCUGUGCAGCAGCCUUUUUGCAGAAGAGAGACGUGUAUUGAUCCACAGCCGUCAGCAUCAUUCUGAUGUGCAGUGAAAUGGUUGAGGAGGUGAUGGCGUGAACUCCACAUCACCCGUGCUCUCACAAAUGACAUUAUUUCAAGAACGCUGCAGAGCAUGAGUUUAGAGAAAAUUGACUUCUUAAAUGUUGCCAUGUAAAAAACACAAUAAAACAUUUCAGAAAUAAUGAAUUGCUGUUAAAUGGUAUUGACCUUCAUAGUAUUUUGAUGGUUGUAAUGGUGGAACAGUAAUAUGCAUUAUAUAGUAGUUCCCCAAAUUUCAAUAUGAAUGGUAUGAGUUAAAAAAUCAUCAGUAUAUUUUGUACUUAUGGGAAAAGUGAUUUUGGUACAAUCUUGAAAAUGUUCUGUGUUUUUAGUUAUAUUCUUUUUCAACAUUUCAACGCCCACACACAAAUCUGAUUUCCUGUUUCCCUGGCUGCAUUUGAAUAUUGUUAGUGAAGUUUUAAUUUGAUGAAAUAAAUGUCAUUUUUUUCCAUUUAAAUUUAGUUUAUCAAAAAUGUCAUAGUUAUUUUACAUUUUACAAUUAUUGCCCCAAUAAGUAGUUUGUGUCAUAUCAUAAUAUGGUAUUUCAAAAAUAUUGUUAAGUGCCUUUUGUAGUCUCGCAUUUCAAAAAAAUCACGAAUGUGACGUGCUUAUUAUGCCUCAUACAUGUGGUGAGUCAGUCAUUGCAUGCCGUGAGGCACAGGCCUGUGGCAUGAAUUAUCAUUGUAAUUCAUGUAUAAACAUGUUAUUUUUUUGUUUUGUUUUAAAUAAAGAUAGGAAUCUUUCACAGUCA